AUGAAACAGAAGGCCAAAAGCCCAGUGCAGAAGCAGCCCGAGUCUUGUGGUGUCUGGCUGGAUACAUCAGCCCUUAAAAAACGCAAAAUACAGGUAAUGGAGGAACAAGCCUGAAAAUAUGUUUUUAUAACUCCACAUUCUAAGAUCUGCAUACGGUGGAGAAUUUUUUUUGUCAUUCCUGGGUGCCAGCUGAUAAUUUUAAGACUACUUGGUGAGUUUGUGGUUUGUGUAUACUUGGGAUAUCACUUAAUAUUGGGCAAUGUGCAGUGAGGAGGUAGACACCAUGCAGGCUGUCUGGCCUGAGGGCCUGCCCAAACCUGGAACAAACUGUCCUGGAGGAGGGCCAUGACUGGUUGGAAGGACCCCUAAAUAGGUGCUGCAACACUUUGUCACAGGGCCCACGUGCAAGUCCUGUUCCCAUGGAACUAACAUUUAUGGGAAUAAAUCAGUUCUGAACAAUAAGGAUGAGAACGUAAGAACCCUGCAGGAUCAGGCCAAAUGCUCAUCUAGCCCAGCACUUUGUUUUCAUGGUUGCUUGUAGGCAGAACUUGAGUGCGACAGCAACACUCCCCACCUGUGACUCCCAACAACUGCUAUUCAAAGGGAUGAAUUCCUGCAUGGUGAUGAAUUCUGACAUAGAAUUUCUGCUUUCCCACCCAGAGCUUCAUGGCUAAGCCAGUAUUAAGAACAUUGAACCAACUUUCGCACUGUCCUCUUCCAACAAAAGCACCUCUUCAGUGCACCAAGCAAACCACCAUUUCCACCUUCUUCAGCACACAACAAGCAGGUAUGUUGGUGUUUUGUGUUCUAGCUGAGGGCAAAAGCCAAAACAUGUCAUGGGAGGAAGCCGGGCAACUGGAACUUGGGAUUCUGGAUGUGAUGCUCAAAAUACUCAAGGUCAGGGCUAGGGAACUUGUGCCGCCCCUACGAAGGUUGCUGGGUUACAAUUCCCAACAUCCCUGACCCUUGGGCUGGUGGGAACUGGGAAUCCAGCAACAUCUGCAGGGAUGUGGGUUUCCUAGUCUGGCUCCAGCCUCUUCCAGAUCAAUCUGCAGCCAUAUUCAUGUCUAGAGUAAGGUGCGGAGCUGCACUCCGAGCACUGCCUCUGACAUCAUGUUUCUUCCCUCCCUGCAAAUAACCCAGUUGCAUGUGGUGGUGUGAGCAGAAAAUCUCAAAGCAGGCGCUCCCACUCAUGAGUAGCAGGUACAUGCUAUCGGGACAAAUAUUCAAGUGCCCCAAUUGGGCAGAGCCCCUACUUGUCUGCAGGGGUUUGUGCAUGGGGAUUUCUGAUUCCACAACCAUAUGCAAUGAUUAUUUUGUGGGCGGGCGGCAGGGCUUAAAGCAUUCAUUGUUCUACACCAGGGAGCCUUUUUCAGUCCGAGUGCCUCAUUGGACUUUUCAAGGGCCACAUGCCAGGGGUGGGAGGAGCCAGAGGUAAAGUGAGCUGAGCAAUGAAUGUAAACGAUACCUUUUGUGCAGUAGGCUAGUUUCUGCAUACAGCCCUCUCAGUUCUUCAUCCAGGCAAGCAAGAGGCAUUAAGAGUUAAAGGGUGCAAAGCAGGGCCACGGAGACGCAAGUCCCGGGCAGAGUUCUGAGGAUCUGAUACGAGUGUUUUCCCACCCUUACUGUACCUGCUUGCACCCUAUACAUGAGCAACGUGUCAGUGGAGCUUCUGCUGCACUUGGCUCCAUAUGCUGAAAACAAAUGGAAGCACCUCUGUUUACAAUAUUGGAUUUGUCAAGAAGCAGAGGGACGCGGGUGGUGCUGUAGGUUAAACCACAGAGCCUAGGGCUUGCCGAUCAGAAGGUCGGCGGUUCGAAUCCCUGCGAUGGGGUGAGCUCCCGUUGCUCGGUCCCUGCUCCUGCCAACCCAGCAGUUCGAAAGCAUGUCAAAGUGCAAGUACUGCUCUGGCGGGAAGGUAAACGGCGUUUCCGUGCGCUGCUCUGGUUCACCAGAAGCAGUUUAGUCAUGCUGGCCACAUGACCCAAAAGCUGUACGCUGGCUCCCUCGGCCAAUAAAGCGAGAUGAGCGCCGCAACCCCAGAGUCUGUCACGACUGGACGUAAUGGUCAGGGGUCCCUUUACAAGAAGCGGAGCACUGGGUGUUCAGCUGAAUGGGUGCCUUCUGUUUUUAUAGCAAAUUAGGUUAGAUCCCCUAUUUAAAUUUUAACCCCAUUCCAAACAAAUCUCUAAAAUUUUGGUGUGAUUUUUACUCACGUGAGUGAAAAUGUAUAGGCUGGAACUACAGUCAAAUACCCCAAGGCUGGACUUUGUGAGGAGAGAAACACUUUGACCUGAUCCAGCUGCGUGCCUGGCCUCUGGUCAGGUACACAUCAAUAGUGCCAAGCCUCUUGGGACAGGGAGCACAGUGACCAAAUCCAAUCUCAUUCAUUUUUAUGCACGACUGAUUGUGAAAUAUCUGAUUAGUGUUCCGUACCUGUAUGCCUGGUGGAUAGAUAUGGGCACGCAUGUCCUAGCUGGAUUGGCACAUAUAAGUGGUAUGCAAGCCAUGCUACUUUUGACUAAAUAUUUAACUCUUUAGAUGUGCUGUCCUAUGAAGGGAAAAGUACUCUUUUCCAACAUGCUUGUACCAUUCCUUAAAUGUAGACCACCUCUCCAUUACUAUACUGAGACUGCUAUCAUCGUGUUUUAUUUUGUGGGGUUUGGAGACUUCUCUGUGUUCUGUUCAGAAAAUUUUAUUGCUGUGCAACUACAAAACUCUUUUUCAUGGAGUGGAAAGCUUAAACUCGCCUUUGUCACCCUGCUGCCAUGUUGGCUGGGGCUGAUGGGACUUGAAAUACAAAAGCAUCUGCAGGGCACCAGCAUGGCGAAGGCUGGCCAAAAUGCUUAAGGUGCAGUAGUUUGCACAUUAUCCCAACAGCAAUGAAAAGGAAAGUAUAGGGUUUAAUAACUUGCACAACAUUUGCAAUGCUUUCUGUAAGAGGAUUUAUUAUUUCACACUUCCAUCGCACCUUGCAUUGUGUAAACACUAUACAAAACCACACAAUGUCCUUUAAAAAGCUUUGCUUCUCCAUUGUCUGCAAACAAGGGUGCAGAGAGGAGGUAGCAACUGCCCACUCUACAUCAAAUUUAGAAUCACUUGAAAAAUUCUAUGAGGAACCGGAGGCAGAUGGGAAAAGGUAAUUGAGAAGAGCAGCAAAAAGUGACCCUACUUUGCUUUCACUUCACUUUUCUCAAAAAGGACAGACCAGCUGUUUUGUUGACUGCAGUCCCAUGAAAGGGUAUGACGGGAGAGCUGCAGAGAUCUGGGGGGAAAUAAGAGUGUGGUCUGCUGGCAUCAGUCUGAGGAUUAACUUGCCAGGCAGCAACAAUGGUGCAGCACCAAACUUCUUGGUGUUCCUUGAACAGUCCUCCUUUUAGGCAGAAUAUUGAUCAGACCUAUUGCCCUCAUAUUGCAGGAAGGUGGGUGGGUAAAGGCAGAAUAGUGACUUGCUUAGGGCCAGUGGAGUGAGUUUAGAGGAGUCAACUUUUUAAAUCAGGCAUAGGCAAACGUGGCCCUCCAGAUGUUUUGGGACAACUCCCACCAUCCCUAGCUAACAGGCCCAGUGGUCAGGGAUGAUGGGAGUUGUAGUCCCAAAACAUCUGGAGGGUCAAGUUUGCCUAUGCCUGAUUUAAAUAGGGAAAAUCUUGCUUGCACUCAUGGCCAUCCAGCAACACCAGAAAUCUCCUGCUCUUUUAAUUUAAAGUAACUUAAAACCUACUGAAACAUAGACCUUGCAUGCAACGAUCCUUCAUUUCCAGGAUACAAAUCUGCAAAAAGGGGGAGCCUAUAACAACACUUCUAAUGUUUCUUCUAUCAGUUAUCAACAGUGGUGUCUUUUUUUUUGGGGGGGGGGGACUGCUACAUCAAACUUUCCCAAACUUAUGGUGGCUAAGGCACACUUUUCCUGAAAAGCUGCAGUACCUUUUGCUUAUAUACUCAUCCACUCACAUGUGUCGGAGUCCAUGUGUAAGUUGUUUGCAUAAGUCACUGUUCUGGGCCUCCCCCCACAACUGGUAGCGGAAACCCAUGACAAGGAAAGGUGCCCUUGUGGAUUCCUCUGGCGUGGGUAGUUCUUCUGAGUCUUUGAGGCAUUAGUGAUUCCACAGGGACUGGUAGUUUUGUACUGUUACUAAUCUGUUCAGAGGCAAGGGUUGAGCAGUUUGUCAUGGAAGCAAUUAUGUGAUACCUAUUUUUUAAAAAGUUGCCCAUGGAAGGCUGCUGAUUUGUAUUUGCCAAAGUUUUUGUACAGGCUGUGUGUUUGAUCUGUCUGGUUAUAUUCAGAUUGGGGUUGUUUUUUUGCAGAGGAAAAGAAAACCAAUCCAAACAGAAGGCUGGCUGUUGCAUCAAACCGUGCCUCCAAGGUGAACAACCAUGGACUGUUCAGGAGCGGAAAAACCAUGUUGCCAGCUGACAUGCUUCAGGAAGGAGGAGGAUGGACCCAACAAACACCAGGUUUACACAUUUCUCCUUGCAAUUCUACCCCUCCUGAAGCCCAGACUACCACUUGCAUCCUUUCAACUGAAAUAAGAGACUCUGCUGCGGAGAGAAAAGAUCCUCAGUUAUUAAACUUCAUUCAGCAGCUAGAGGAGAAAAGGGAUCCUAUUCACAGAACUCUUUCUGAUUUGGCUUUGAGAGAGAAAAAUAGUGGUUGGGAAAGAGAAAAACAUACCACUUUGUUUCCUCGAAGCAGCCAAAGCCUGACAGUUACAAGCAAGGACAACAAGACUCCGAGAAGACACAGAUGCCCACCCUCUUGUUAUAGCUCCUUCAUGCACUCCUGUGACUCUGAGAACAUAAAUCCUCAGCUAGAGCAGAGUACAAUGGAAGUGAAGCCUCUGAAGAGUAGCAAUCAAUCUGUUGCUGGGCUCUGUUUGAAAAUCAACAAGGCCGCCUGCAAUUCUGAUAAAGGGAUUGAGGACAGCCAGGUAGGCCUGCCAAUGUUUACGCAGGACUCUGAGGGUCACAAAGUCAUUUCUCACCUCUUUGUUCAAGGGAGAGGCAAAACAUCUUUACAAAAGAAGCUUCUUGGUGAUGAAAGCAACUCUGUAAUGAGCCCAUCCUACCAUGGCUGCUUGGGGGCCUGCUGCUCUGCAGAGAGUUGGACCCACUUAUCCCCAGGUGGGAGCGUGUCUGUUCUAACAGACAGUAGUGAGAAGUCAUGUUAUGACUUGUUAUUCACAGAGGAUUCGGAAGGCAAUAGAGUCAUUAAACACUAA